AUGCGUCUCGUGUGCGAAAAGAAACACGUCUUCGGCUACUGCUACGAAAAGGCGGUAACUGGCGAUUAUGCUUUCAGAAUUCUGGCAACUGAGUCGACUGGUGCUCCAAUAAGAUACAGAAUUACUGGAGAAAAUGCGUUUUACUUCACUGUAAAUGCAGACACAGGAAAUGUAACAAUCAGGACUCUCUUGGACAGAGAAAUACCAAGGAACAUUCCUGUAAUUGUGAGUGAUGCCAAUGAUAAUCCUCCCAUAUUUAUUGAUGCGCCAUACAAUGUGGAUGUCAAAGAGAAUACUUCCAUAAACACAGUUAUUUUUCAAGCAAUAGCCACUGAUCUUGACUUCAAUCUGGCUGGGAUUGUGAGCUACUCAAUAGUUGAGGCUGUACCAGAGGAGGGAAUGAAUCUUUUUUCAAUUUCUCCGGCCGAUGGUAGCGUUACGCUGAUGGGAGGUUUGAACUAUACAAGUAAAAGCACCUUCUAUCGACUGAGGAUCAAAGCAUCGGACGGUGGGGGCCCGCUUGGUGAUAAGGAUAACUAUGUUCAGGUCGGCUUUGCUGUAGCCUUCAUUACUGUUUCUGAUGUCCCUGAUCUUGACCCACAAUUUUUAAGGCUGCCUUAUUUGACCACUGUGAAGGAACACUCAAACCUGGGUCUCUCUGUGUUUGAAGUGCAAGCUAUUGAUCCUGAUACAGGAGUUAAUGAUGUAAUCAGAUACAGUAUUGCAAAUUCAAAUGCACCUGGCUUGUUUGCCAUGAAUGAAAAUACCGGCGUCAUAUCAAUCAGAAGUAGCAUUGAUCGUGAAAAUUUAUUGGAAAGCAACGGCGAGGUUAUACUGCAGGUGGUGGCCACCGAGAGCAACUUAAAUGUUAAUGGGAUCCACGCCAGCACCUCAGUGGAUGUGCGAAUCACCAUCGAGGACAUCAAUGAUCACAAGCCCAUGUUUUAUAUGUGUGAAGCUCUGCCGUGUGACUUCAGCCAAGAGAUGAGCAGCUACAGGGCCAGCGUUGACGAGCAUUCCUCUGUGGGCACGGUCUUAGACGGUCUGAACAUUGCCGUGCGAGACAUGGAUGUGGGAGCAAAUGCUAGAAUUAAGAUGCAUCUGGAGGGGCCAGAUAAAGAUGCAUUUUCGGUUUCACCAGCCUCUUUUGAUUCAACCAGCUUGGUGCAGAUUCUCAUCAGUAAACCCAAUGUUGUUGACUAUGAGGAGCACAAGAUUAUGAGUGUGCAGGUGGUUGCCACAGACACCUCCAAGCCUAUGGACUGCUGUUCCACAGCUAACGUCACCAUUGAGAUCAGGGACAUUAAUGACAUCACCCCUGUUUUCGAGAAAGAUAGCUAUGAAUUAACGGUGAAGGAGCACAGUUCUGUGGGAACUGUGCUGGGCACCAUCACGGCUACAGAUCCAGAUACAGAGGAUGUCGGAAACAUCACCUACAGGCUGGUCCCAGAAAACAUACUGAGGUACUUCACUGUUGAUCCGAAGAAUGGCAGCGUCAUGGUGAACAAUGACAACCUGGACAGGGAAAUCCGUGAUUCCUAUUCGGCUACCCUGCAGGCCAUAGACAGCGCUGACCACAUCGGGACCACAAACUUGGACAUCACUCUUCUGGACAUCAAUGACAAGGCCCCGGAAAUGGCCAGAAACUCAUACUUUGCCCUUUUGCUGGAGGGACCUGAGGGAAAAAUGGAAAUUUCAAUACAGGCUUUUGAUGCUGAUGAAGAAAACACCGUCAACAGCCAGAUCAGAUAUGGGAUUGUUAACAGCGAGUUCAGCGGCAAUUUCACCAUUGACCCGAUCACAGGCAUGCUACAGAACAAUGGAGAGUUGGAUAGGGAGAGCAUCGACCCCUCCGCCAACGGGGUCAUUGAGUUAAAUGUGACGGCUUCUGACAUGGGGGAUCCAAGCCUGAGCUCAUCGGUUAUGGUCAUUGUCAAUGUGGAGGAUAUCAAUGAUAAUGCACCCAGAUUUAGAAAUCAUGAUUACAAAUUCUCUGUCAAGGAAAGUGAGAAAGGUGCAUUCGUGGGCUCCGUUUUUGCGUACGAUGCAGACCAGACGGUGAACAACAACCGCAUCUCUUUCCGCAUCACGGACGCAAGCUCCAGGAACUUCUUCAUCAACUCCAUUUUUGAAGGGGCGGGCGAAGGAUACAUGGGAAACAUCUCCGUGGACCUGGACAUCGAGCUGGACUACGAGCACCGGAGCACCCCCUACAUCCUGACGGUGGAGGCCACCGACCAGGGCCAGAGGAAGGACACGGCCAGGGUGGAGGUGACGGUAAUUGACGUCAACGACGAGCGGCCCAUAUUCCCGACCGGCGUCUCCGUCCGGGUGAAGGAGAACUCCACCUAUAGCCCGGUGGAGGUAGCGACCAUUGUGGGCACGGACGUGGACACGAACCACUCCCUGAUCUACGAGCUCCUCGCCUUGGACUGUCGCUGCAAUGGGACCGUGGGGCCCUGUGAGGAGGACUGGUUCGAGCUGCAGCCCACGGGGGCGGUGACUGUCAAUGAUAAGUUUGUCAUCGACUACGAGAAGUGCGACCAGGUCGUGCUGGAGGCCCAGGUGGUGGACAUUUUCACAGAGAAAGGGAUGAACAAUAGUGUCCCAGGCAAGCUGACAAUCCACAUUGAUGACAUCAAUGACAAUUUUCCUGAAUUCAUCGUCGCUGAGGCACUCUUUGUCGUUGUCACCGAAAGCACUGAGUCAGGCUCAUCAGUUGCAACGGUCACCGCAACUGAUCGGGAUUCUGGGAUUAAUAAAGAAAUCAAAUUUUCAGUGCUUGCAGUGGAUCUUAUUGAUACCAAUAAUAACACGGUAUCCAUGGGGGAACUCUUUACUGUUGACACGACUGCAGAGCAAAAUAAAUACGUUGGAACAAUCAGAACCAUUGGUAAACUGGAUAGUAACUUGAAAGGAAAAUACCUUCUCACAGUUCAGGCAGAAGAUGGCGGACAGCUCAAAACAACCACUAAACUUGAAAUUUAUACCAUCGACCAAUCGUACCGCGUCGGCCUUCGCUUUGAGUCCCCAGUGGCAGAAGUCCAGAAAAACCUGAACGUAAUCAGAGGGGCUCUUACAUCGGCGACCAAAGCCACAGUGCACAUUCUGGAGGUGGUGGCUGAAUCUGGGGAGGAAAGGGCCAAAGAAUACACGCUUCUGGAGGCCUACUUUGUGUACCCCAACGGAAGCGCGAUCAACUCGGCAACUGUUGAGAAAAUCCUGCAGGAGGACCUAUAUCACGCCAGCAUACUCAGACAGUAUGGCCUCACAGUCAUUUCGGGGCUGCCGACUGUGACGAAAACCGACCCUGUGCGCUUCAUUUUGCUCGGCCUGGUGGCGGGUCUCCUCAUCGUUCUGGUCGUCAUGAUAACGUCCCUGGUCUGUACCCAGAGGAACUACAAGAGGAAGCUGAAGGCAGCCAAGGCCAUGAACUCCGCUGCGAUGGUGGCGACAGAGAACAGCAAGACCGGCCCCGUGGUGCCAGGCACCAAUAAAUACACCAUGCAGGCUAAUCCUGUGCUGAAUUUGAACAUCGAUACGACAGACCUGGGCUUUGACGAGGAGGACUCCAGUACAGACAGAGUGAGCCUAAACUCCUUGGACUACAACAUUGAUAUGAACGAGACUGAGAAAGACACAAUGCCUAUGAUGGUGAUUCAGGAGGAGGAUGAGGAUGCCAACGAGAACUUUUACAUCGAGCCACUCCACGCGGCCCUGGCCGAGCGCGUGGACGACACCCCACACAGCUUCGACAACCCCACCCUUGACACCACUGACCUUUGACCUCCAUCCUGAGGAGAUUGACCCAGCUCCCCUCCACUUUCCUUAAAGAAAACAAAUAAGUAAAACGCUCGGCAUCGAUGAACAGAAUCAGGCUUUCGGAAAGAAAAAGGCUUCACGAUCGAAUCUCGCCUCUGUAACUGCUUUUAUCCCUCCGCAAGGAUGAAAAACACUUCAGCGCUCCUCCCAGCUA